UGGUCAUUGUUCAGUUAUUGUCCUGGUUGGUGUGUCCGUUGCGCGAAGUGCGGAAGAAGCUCAGCGUUGGUAAGCGUGGUGAUAGGUACUGCUCUCCAAUUAGAAUGACGCAUCAUCAACCAUCAGUUCACUCCGACUCGAUCAGUGUCCGCGCUAUCUUCGCGAGAGGUCCUGCAUAGUGUCGUCGGUGUGCCUCCCAGGACGUACUGCCUCCUGAAUAGUGGUACCAUCUGAGUUGUUGGGAGUCACUUCCGCGAAGUCGUGCCUCCUGAGUAGUGCCUUGUUCAAAGUUAUACCUUCGGAGUACCUGUGGGUACUGUCGGAAGCGUCUCGCGCGUAGAAGUACCGUGUAGUGCCCCCCCACUAGGUAGUGCCGGUGCUGUAGUGCCGCGCGUGGCAAUGUGAGUGCGAUGCCGUCCAAGAGGCAGUACGACUUGGUGCAGAAUGACGAGUACGACACGAGGAUACCAUUGCAUCCAGAGGAGGCGUUUCACCAUGGGAUCACCUUUCAGGCCAAGCUUGACGUGAUUAUGCAAUUAAGCCGGCAGGUCUCGUCUCUCAUCUUCUGCUUCUGCCUUCGUCUUCUUGCUGUAAUAAAACACUGCUUGCUUCCAAAGGAAAAACGAUCCGUUCGCGGUGCAUCUGCCUUUCUGGGCGGGAUCAUCAUCCUUUCUUUGUUCGUGACUGGAUGCACGGACCCCAGCUUGCCUCCCUUUGCUUAUAGCACAGAAUUCCGGUGUAAAUCGCAGAUAAUUGUUGUCAAAAACGCGGUUCGUAACAAUCUAGAAAGCUGGGUAAUUAUUCCUUAUAAGUACAAAAUCUGCCGAGAGAAUUGUUCUAAGAGAAUUCCGGAGUGUAAAUCGCAGAUAAUUGUUGUCAGAAACGCGGUUCGUAACAAUCCAGAAAGCCGGGUGUUACCAUCCGGUCUACCACAAGGUUCAACGUCUGCUACAGUAUACCCAAAGCAUCUCCAACCAAUACUAAAUACUCGCUGUGCAGUGACCUUGACUUACCGCAGCUUCAAUUUCUUCAACGUCUGA